AAAAUAAAUCCAAUCAAAGUAAGCUGUAGGUUGGAAGCCGAAUCUGGCAACGGCUUUAGAUACUGUUUGGCUGUGUUCGGUGGCGAAAGCCAAGUUCAAAUUUUCAGUGAGACAAAAGAGCUCCGUCCCAAAUUAUUGACAGCAUGGAAAACGAAAGCCAACCGGAAGAGCCGCAAGAAGAGCAGCCAGUUGAUUUUGAGCAGGGUGUUGAAGAGAUAGACGAAGCCAACGUCUCGAAAGUGUCGGUACUUUCAAGCUCGUUUGAGCCGAAGCUAUCGUCCAUCCUAGAAGAGAAUGAUUCAGGAGUUCCGCUCGAAUGGGAAUUGCCCAUUCCAACCCUUCGUCCACAGGCAGAGCGGUAUGAAAAGUUGGCUCGCCCGAAGGUGCAACAUUUAGAGGAAACGUUAGAUCGAUUUGAAAAGUGUAAGAAGGACGAAAUGAAUGAACGGAUAAUGCGAAUCAAAAUGAGAUUACGUGAGUUGAGAGGGCCAGAAAAGCGUUACAGCCAUACGUUGCAAAAUGAGCGAACCUCAGAGAAAUUGUCGCGAAACUCGGAAGUUUUAUACAAAAACCUACAACGCAACCUGCGAAAAGUGGCAUUUGAAACGUUAGCUAAACAAAUUUUCGAUAAAAUGCCCGAACUCAUUGUAAAAAUGCAACACACGCGUGGUCAAACAUCAACACCGGAAAUGACGGUUUUGCUAGAUACACUGCAGACCACACUGCACCACUAUCUAGGACAACCAACUAACGAGCACGAGGAUCGCAUUUUUAAUCAUCUCUGCUACGGUUUGGCAAAGUUUAUUGAAAACAUUGUUGAAAAUGUGCAUGCAAAUCAGCAAGAGUGUGAGCGGGUUGCUGCGAAGGAAGAACUGUCUCCCAACGGGUCACCCGGUAUCGGUAGGAAUGUCUCCACACGGCAAUAUCCGGUAGCGGUUCAGCUAGCACGAAAGGCAUACAAGGAGCGUCAAACGGUGGUUAAAUAAAAAGACAGCGAGCUGAUUAUAA